AUGGGUAACUGGAAGUUAGAAGUUGCAAGAAUGGCUAUGUAUACGUCUUUUCCUGUGGGUUUAUUUUUCUAUUUCAAUCAACCAGCAUAUUUCGAGGAAUGGGUCACUAAUACGAAACGGCAAAUAAUUCCGCCAGAAAAUCCACAAAAUCGAGAAGCUAUUCAGAAGCUUAUACAAGAUAUGAGAAAGAAACAGAUGCGUGUAGUGGAGGAAGAAUAA